GACAUCCAGUUAGCCUCAUAGCGAACAACGGCUCCUCUUUCAAGGGUUGCUUUCACAAAGGACAAAUGAUUCUCUUAAGGGAAUUGUAGAAUUGAACGACGUAGAGGGCAUUGGUAAAGAAGAGGGAUUACUGGAAAAGGAGGAUAGGUUGGCAUGGAAGAGGAGCAAAUUCAACAAGAAGACAAACAGGAUGAAACUGUGCAUGAAAGUCCUGAAGAUAAUUCUGAAAUGCAUCCAUUACAAUUCUCUUGGUCUCUAUGGUACAGUUCUUCAGGCAAAAGAUUGACUUUCCAGUCGUAUGAACAGUCUCUAAAAAAGGUUGCAACGUUUCGAACAGUUGAAGAAUUCUGGGGUGUCUUUAAUCACAUUCCGCAGCCUUCACAAAUUGCCCCUAAAGCAGAUUUUCAUAUUUUCAAGGACGGCAUAGAACCGAAAUGGGAAGAUCCCAUGAACGAGUCUGGCGGUGUAUGGCAAGUUUCGUUCCGAAGAGACCCUUCUGCUGGCAGUGAUGCACCUAUCAAUGAUGCUUGGCUUCAUACGGUUCUUGCUAUUGUCGGUGAUAAUUUUGAACCUGCUGAAAGUGAUGACAUUCGUGGAAUUGCAUUAGCCGUUAGAAGCAAAGAGUUUCGAUUAGCUUUAUGGACUGGUACAGCUGAAGACAAAGAAUUACAAGAAGCCAUAGGUCGUUCAUUUCGAAAAUUUGCAACGUAUUCUGGAACAGUUAUCAAAGAAACCAUUUCAUUUACUUCGAACAAAGAUGCUUUAGUCGAUGCCGAUGCGAAACCUUUAUACGUUGUUUGAUAAAAUAAACAAGAAUAUUCAUAG